UAAUAUGGUUGAAAAUUUUCCACACCAGUCCAAAAAAAAAAAAAAUCCACAUCAUAAAAGUCCAUAACUCCAAUAUUACCACAACCCAAAUGACAAGCCAUGAAGCCAAUUUAAAACCAAAAGCUUAGUGAACAGUUAAAUGGUUUUACAUUUAUAUAUAGUAAUAAUGUCCUUAAUCCAUGGAAGAGCCUACUGCUUUCACCGGGUGGAAAAGAGGUUUUGCUCAAAUCCGUGUUCCAAGCUGUUCCCACCUACAUUAUGAGUCUUUUUCUCCUCCCAAAAGGCACUACAAGCAAAAUGGACUCUAUGCUCAAAAGCUUCUUUUGGGGUGGCUCAGUGGUUAAAAGAACGAUCCAUUGGAGGGCUGGCAAUGUGUUAUAUGCGCCAAAAGAUGAGGGAGGGCUCGGAUUCCGACCAUUCCAUACUUUCAAUAUGGCACUCUUGGCAAAGCAGGCAUGGAGAGUGCUUUUGAAUAAGGAUGCUUUGUGGGUUAGGGUUCUGAAAAGCAUCUAUUUUCCCAACUCGGAUUUCUUGAAUGCAAAAAAAGGUAGCAAGGCCUCGUGGAUUUGGUCAAGCAUAUGUGAAGCGAAAACAUGGAUGAGACAAGGCAUUAUUCGAGUCAUUGGCAAUGGGAGGUCAUCAAGAAUUUUUCAUGACCCUUGGAGAUUUGACAGAGCAGGAAGACUCCUCCCCUUCGAGUGGAAUGAUAAUGAGACUGUGGAUUCGUGGAUUGAGGAGGUUUCAAGGGAAUGGAAGUUUGACAUCCUGGCUAACUUCCUUAGCCCGAAUGAGUUGAGACAGGUGGCGGCUGUUCCUAUAGGACCUGCUUCCCUUGAGGAUUUCUGGGCAUGGAGGUUCAAUGAAAAAGGUGAUUUCACGGUUAAGUCAGCCUAUAUCCACUUCCAUAACAACACUAGGCAUCCCAAUGGGCAGGCUGAGGCACUGUCUGAUGUGAGCAAGAAACGUUGGAAGUGGCUCUGGAGCCUUUCGAUCCCGCCGAAGUUGAAAUUCUUCAUUUGGAAUGUUGUCAGAAGGGCGCUGGCAUCCAAGGAGAACCUCUUCGCCAGAAAAUGCUCACAGUCGAAAGCCUGUCCGCUCUGCGGCUGCGCGUCAGAAACGAUUUUCCACUGCCUCUUCGUUUGUCCACAUGCUGCUGAAGGGUGGAACCAGGAAUGGCCCAACAUGCCGAGGCCGACCCCUCUCUCAUCUAUCCUGGAAUGGCUGGAGUCUAUUAGCCAAGUGUACCCGAUCUGCUCUGUUCAGAAGAUUGUUUUCCUUAUGUGGAAAACUUGGAAAGCAAGAAAUGAGAAGAUCUUCCGGGGAACUCCUCUUUGGCCACCAUCCACCAUCAGUAAAGCUGCUGCGGACCACCUCCAAUGGUUCACAUGCCCUCGACCCCAUCACAACGGGUCUCUUCCAACUCAGCCCAUUCCACCCCCUGAUCACUCUACACCACCGCCAGGUACUCCUGUUUUUGAAGUACACUGUGACAGCUCAUUUUUUGAUGAGCCCCAGAAGGCGGCAUAUGGCGUCAUUGUCUCGAACAGCCAUGGUCAAGUGUGCGACGGGAAGGCUGAGCUCGUGCAUCGUUUUUCCCCUAUUGAAGCAGAAGCCAUGGCCUUGCUUGAAGCUUCUCGAAUGGCUGCCUCUCUCUCACCUCCUUGCCUAGUGAAGACUGACUGCCUGCAGCUGGUUCAGGCGAUGGAGCGACCACCCAGAACGUGGCCAUGGCGAGCGGCGGCCAGAAUUGGAAUGAUCAAGCUUGUCCUGGACUCCAACCCGCAGAUCAUUGUUAGACACUUUUGUCGUAAGCUGAACUCGAAAGCGGAUUGGGUUGCCAGAUCCUGUGCUAAAAAUCAGUUACCCCCGCAAUGGCUGCAGAUCAUUGAUUUGGUUGCGCCCUUGUUGUAAUGACAUUCUGGUUUGCUUCAUUUAUUGGAAUUUCAUUGUCCUUUGUCAAAAAAAAAAAAAAAAUAAUGUCCUUAAUCCUGAAAUCCAAGCAUACUAGCUAGUCAUGUCAACUAUGUUCAGAUUUCGAGAAAUGUCAGUCUAAUGUAAAAGUCGAAUAAUACGUAGUUAUACCGCCAUUUAUACAAGAUGUCUGAGAAAACAUGUUUUUCAUAGCUAACGAUAUUUUUUUACGACAAUUUUUUUGCAGAUGUAUGUAAAUUCGCAAAUUAGAUAUGGGUGUACGUACGUGUUUAUCCGUACGCCUGUUAAUUAGCAAAGCAAAUGUGACGCUAGAUCAGUAGAUUCUCUUCUCUGCAGGUGAUGGGCAUGGAUGUACGGCCUCCAGGGAGUAAGUACGUAGAUUUGUGAAAACCUUUAAUUUGUUGAAAGAAUCUGUUUUUUUUUACAGGGGAAUUUAUUGCACUUCAAAUUGAUCAGUUACAAAGAGGAGAACAAACUAGGGGUGGGCAUACGGUUCGGUAAAACCGAACCAAAUAUAAACCGAACCUAACCUAACCGAACCGAAUAUAAACUAGGGGUGGGCAUACGGUUCGGAAUUCGGAAGAGAAAAGGACAUAUUUCGGAAACCAGGGUCCUUUCGACCGAACCGAAUUUCCGAAUUCCGAACCGAAAAACCGAAUUAUUAUAAUUGCAAGCUCUAAAUGGUGGAUUUUUAUGUUUCUACUUAUUAUGAGACUUAAAUAUUUGAAUCAUAUUAGUGUUUUAUGACUUAUGUGUUGAAAUGUUUGAUUUUAUCAUUGAUGAUACAUAUUUAUUGUUUACAUUAGGGUGAAAAAUAAUUUACAAAAGAGAAAAUACAAGCUAACCUCACUAUUCGGUUUUGUAUGAAAAACCGAACCGACCGAAUUAUAAUUCGGUUUGAAUCGACCGAACCGAAUUAUCAUUCGGUUCAAAUUCGGUUUGAGGUUUGAUAGAAUUCGGGGACCCGGUAUGCAUAAUUUCGGUUCGGUUUGAACCAAACCGACCGAAUGCCCAUCCCUAGAACAAACCAACAAUGUGGUUCCAACAAGAGGAAGCCCAAAGGCAUCCGGUUACAAACAAAGCUGUGUAAGACAAAAUGCAGCAACAAAGAACACAACACAGUCUGCAAGCAACCACCCGGAAAGAGCAAAACCCUUGAUCGAAAACAGAUCAUCAAGAAACUCUCUUGCAAACAACCAAUCAAAGUGCAACAAAACCACAAUCAGCUUGUCCGAUCAUAUCGAAAUCCAUGGAAGCUGAACAUCAUCACCCCAUGUGCCGCCUCCUGGGGAAAACUCAAGGGCAUCCAUCACAGUGAAUCUAGAAACUAGACUGUAUGGCGGUGGAAGAGGAUAUAACCAGAUUGCUCCAAGCUGAAGAGGCGGAGGAGGCCGAGGCAGAGAGAUCAGGUUCGAAGAAGAGCAGAAGCUCCCAAGGUAGCCACAAACCUCCACAAAAACACCGAAUCCCAACAGCAACUACCGGAGAAGACCCAACCCACCACCAUCCGACAGCUCACCAAGCCACUCAGGUACCUAGGGAGGUCGGAGAGGGAAAGAAGGGAAUGGUGUUGGCUAGAUAUCCAAGAAAGAUGGUCCAAAGAUCCGACACACAUUAAGGAAUUGGAACAGUAAUGCGCGCAUGAUUAAUUAUGGAGUUUCCUGCGAACACAGGAAGAACUGUAUGUUCAUUAUUGGUGCCACUAAGAAAAUUUUAUCAUAACG